AUGAUGCACAUGGCGGCAUCGAGAUACGAUCAGGACCGUAUGGGGAUUGUUUUUAGAGCGUCUCCCCGCCAAUCGGAUGUUAUGAUAGUUGCAGGGACUUUAACUAACAAGAUGGCACCAGCACUGAGAAAAGUUUACGAUCAGUCCUUGACUUACAUCUUCUGCGAACAGAGACCGAAGCCAAGCACUAUAGAGGAGUUGACGCAAUUUCACACCGACGAUUAUAUUAACUUCUUGGGCAGGGUGACGGCCGAUAAUAUGGACACGUGCAUAAAAGAUUGCAUAAGAUUCAACGUUGGAGACGAUUGUCCGGCAUUUGAUGGGCUCUUGGAAUAUUGUCAGAGAGCGGCAGGCGGUUCUCUAGGUCAGCGGAAGUUUCAAUUUUAUCAAUAUGAAAAGGGUGCAGCAAGAUUAAAUCACGGGCUAUGCGACAUAGCCGUCAAUUGGGCAGGAGGUUUACAUCACGCCAAGAAGCAAGAAGCUAGUGGAUUUUGCUACGUCAACGAUAUUGUCAUAGCAAUUUUGGAAUUAUUAAGAUUCCAUUCACGCGUCCUCUACAUCGAUAUCGACAUCCACCACGGAGAUGGGGUUGAAGAAGCUUUCUACACCACCGACCGUGUGAUGACUCUGAGUUUUCACAAUUUUGGUGAAUAUUUUCCGGGUACGGGAGAUAUUAAUGGUCGCACUCAUACAUACUCACUCUACACGUCAACACAGGACGUUGGUUACGGAAAGGGUAAAUAUCACGCCGUAAAUUUUCCUCUGAGAAAAGGUAUAGACGACGAGACGUACAAAAGUGUAUUCGAACCGGUGGUGACGCGAGUGAUUGAAUGGUAUCAGCCUUCGGUAAUCGUUCUUCAAUGCGGUGCGGAUUCGCUGAGCGGGGAUCGUUUAGGUUGUUUUAAUCUAUCGUCCAAGGGUCACGCACAUUGUGUGCGAUUUGUCAAGAAGUUUAAUAUACCGAUGCUGGUUUUGGGUGGCGGUGGAUACACCAUAAGUAACGUAUCCAGGGCUUGGGCAUAUGAAACAGGUGUUAUAGUUGGGCAAGAAGUCGGACCCGAAUUGCCACAUUGUACCGAAUUAGAUGGUCGAGAUUACUUUGGCACCAGUAACUUACUAGAUGUCUUGUCGAGUAAUAUGGAAAAUAAGAACUCCCGGGAAUAUUUAGAAAAGACAAUGUCUGUAUUAUUAUUGUCGUCUCAUUCAUUGACUUUUGUAUUCAUCGCUGACGUGCCUUCUGAACUCAACUUUAAUCAGUUCCCUUUCAUUGCUUCGUAUAAUCUUAAUAACUUUAUCGUUCGCAUGACAGAUAUACCGAAAAUGGUGUAUUCAUUCGAGGAUCAGGAUGAGGAAAACGAAGACCCCGAUGAACGAAUAUCAACACGGAUAAGAGAUAAAAACAUUGCACCGGAGAAUGAAUACGAGGACUCUGACGAUGAGGAAUGUACAUAUAAAAUACCAAUACCACCCGAAGGUGAAAAAAAAACUCCACUUAACAGCUCCGAUUCGAAUGGUAAAUAUCACGGUGCAUCGUUUUCCGAACGCAUCGAUGAAAAUGGGCUAUUUUCGACUGAAUCAUCAUCGUUGGACGAUGCGAUGAUGUCGGAUGCUCAAACCACAUCUUCCGAUAGUUUGUUGGCAUCUUAUUCGGCUCACGACAGCGAGUACAUUCAAUACAAAAACGAAGACAUAGAUGAUCAUUACGUGCAAUCAAAUUCCAAUGGCUGGUCAACAACAUAG